AUGAAGAGCGUGUCGAUUAGAAAGGUGGGGGGCGCCCUGGGGGCGCUUGUAGAGGGUGUGGAUCUGGUCCAGAUUCUGGAUUCUGCAGAAUCUGUUGCCGAGCUGCGCCAAUGGGUCAUAGAACAUCAGGUUGUGUUCAUUCGUGACCAACACAUGACACCUGCGCAGUUCCAGCAACUGGCAGAACAUUUUGGUGAGGUGAUGGAUCAUCCCGCCUAUGGUGCGGUGGCAGGCGCGCCAGCCGUCCAGGUGUUAGAGAGCACGGCAGAUGCCCCGUCAAAAAUAGAGUUGUGGCAUUCGGAUAUGACGUUCAGUGCAUCGCCACCCAGUUUUACGCUGCUGCAUGGGCAGAUUAUCCCCGCUUAUGGGGGCGAUACACUCUGGGCAAGUUCAUUAGCGGCCUAUGACAGUUUGUCAGCGCCUAUGAAGGAAUUUCUGGAUCCGCUCAUGGCCGGGCAUGAUUUUGCCCACGGAUUUAAAGAAAGUCUGGCGGAACCCGGCGGUGCGCAGCGCCUGGCGGACAUGGUGGCUGCAAAUCCACCGGUACUCCAUCCACUUGUGCGAACGUUCAUGAGCACAUCCCAGUUUGGAUUGUUAAAGCAGCGGCGGUUCGCUGCGCUAUUCUGGACGCAGUUUCUCGGCGCUUUUAACGACAACGUUUUUAAGCAGGCGCUGGUUUUGAUUUUUGUCUUCGGAGGGCUGAUCAACGCCGAUACAACCGAUGUUUUUGUCAACCUGGCGGCCGGUCUGUUCAUUCUGCCCUUCUUUCUGUUUUCAGCCACCGCCGGCCAGAUUGCAGACAAAUUUGAAAAAUCCCAGCUGGUGCGCAUCAUCAAGGUCGCUGAAAUUGUGAUAGCGCUGUUCGGCGGCGUCGCUGUGUAUCUGCAGAAUGUUUACGCCAUGUUGGCGGUGUUAUUUCUGCUGGGCGUGCAGAGUACGUUUUUUGGCCCUCUGAAAUUUUCCAUCCUUCCCCAACAGCUUGAUAAAAGUGAGCUUGUCGGCGGCAAUGCGCAGAUUGAGAUGGGCACCUUUGUGUCCAUUCUGUUAGGCACCAUCGUCGGUGGCGUUGUGGCUGCGCAGAAUGAUGUAGACCUGCUGUUAACCGUCAUGGUUGUGGGUGUGGCUGCUGUCGGUUACCUGUGCAGUCGGUUUAUCCCCGUGUGCCCAGCGACGGACCCCACAUUGAAGAUUCGUUGGAAUCCGGUCAGUGCUACCUGGUCGAUGAUUCAGGCGGCGCGUGGAAAUAAGUCGGUGUUCCUGUCGAUCCUGGGUAUCUCGUGGUUCUGGUUGUUGGGCUCUCUGCUACUGGCUCAAAUUCCCAAUCUCACCAGGGUUUAUCUGAACGGUGGCACGACGGUGGUAACACUGAUACUGGCGGUGUUCACCAUCGCAGUUGCUGUCGGUUCGCUUGCUUGUGAGCGUUUGUCGAGCAAUCGUAUUGAGCUGGGCAUUGUGCCCCUUGGCGCCCUGGGACUGAGCUUGGCGGGUAUUGAUCUGUAUUUUUCGAUAACAGGUUUUGCAGCGCUGCAGCCUUCAGAAUGGCUGGCGUUCAUUGCCGCACCCGGCGCGGUCCGGAUUCUGUUUGACAUGGCAAUGAUAGGCUUCUUUGGUGGUCUGUUUAUUGUGCCCCUGUAUGCGCUCAUUCAGACGCGUACCGAAGAAGCGCGUCGCGCCCGGGUGAUUGCGGUGAAUAAUGUGAUCAACGCUUUUUUUAUGGUCUUCGGUGCCGGGCUUGCCAUCCUGAUGUUGAGUGUCGUGGGUCUAUCUAUUGCGGAACUGCUGCUUACGGUCAUGCUGAUGAACAUCGCAGUGUCCAUAUUCAUUUUUCAUCAGGUGCCUGAAUUUGCCAUGCGGUUCAUCAUCUGGUUGUUGAGUCACACCAUGUAUCGUGUUGUGCCUGAAGGUCUGGAACAGGUACCCGAAGAGGGCGGUGCGCUGCUGGUUUGUAACCAUGUGACCUACGUGGAUGCGCUGCUGCUGGCUGGCGCGGUCAAGCGUCCGAUUCGAUUCAUCAUGUUUAAACCUAUCUACGAUCUCCCGGUGCUGAAUUUUGUCUUCAGAGCCGGUGGCGCGAUACCUAUCCAGGGCGCGAAAGAAAACCCAGCGGCCUUUGAUGCUGCCUUUGAAGAAAUAGCUGAGGCGCUGGCGUCCGGGGAUCUGUUAUGCAUUUUUCCGGAGGGCGCACUGACCCGUGACGGUGAAAUCGCGACUUUUCGUCGUGGGGUGGAACGCAUUGUCAGUGAAACACCCGUACCGGUUGUGCCCAUGGCUUUGCGGGGUUUGUGGGGUAGUUUCUUCUCCCAUUCAGGUGGUGUUUUUAAGAAUCCAAGUCGCUUCUGGAGCCGCAUAUCCGUGCGUGCAGGCCAGCCGGUUCCCGCAGCCGAAGUGACUGCCGAGCGUUUACAGCAGGACGUUGAGCGCCUGCGCGGGCAGUUUGCCUGA